AUGUACUUGAUUUCCUUUGUUUGCUUUUGCCUCUGUACACUCACCUUCUUCGCCAUUCUCGCGAGAUGCAUUCCUCUCCUACGCUCAUCUGUUCUUUCCUAUGGGAAACUGCAAUCAAUAGCUGUCCAUCCUACCAGUACCAUUGCUUCACAACUUGCUCAGUGGACAGUGCCUAAAUCGUGGUUUUCUCACUUUUACGUCGUCGGCCUGAUAUCCGCCUUGUAUUGUUUUGCCGAGAUUGUACUCUUACUCCAAUGGCAUGGGCAUGGUCCAGUAUUGUAUUGUCUACGGGUGUGGGAUAUUCCUCAAGCAAGCAGCCAUAUUUCUGUAUUGGAGAGCCUCGUUGCCUUGGCCUUGUUGACGCUUCACUUGGCGCGACGCGUAUAUGAAUCAUUCUAUAUUGAGCGCUCGUCACUGGAAGCACGUAUGCAUGUGUCGCAUUACUUGGCAGGUGUUGGAUUCUAUGGUGCCAUGGUGCUGGCGACAUGGUUGGAAGGUGCAGCCAACUUUGGCGUAUGGUCUGGGAUACCAUCACCAUCAGCAUUAGGCUUGAGUGAUCUACUUUGUACGCGUGUCGUCAUGGCAACGUUAUUAUUUUUCUAUGCAUCCAUGCACCAACAUCAAUGUCAUUGCAUUCUUGCUUCGUUACGAACCAAAAAAGAGGAAAAUCACUAUCAGAUCCCACGAGGAGAUUGGUUUGAAUGGAUUGUGGUACCACAUUACUUUGCAGACAUCUUGGUAUACUUGUCACUUUGCAUACUUCAUGGCUUUCGCAAUUGGAUCUUGGUAUGUGGGCUCAUUUGGACGGUGAUCAAUCUAUCCAUCACAGCAUCCGGCACAGAGGAAUGGUACAAGACCAAAUUCGGAUUACGUUAUCAAGCUACUUUCCCCAAGGGUCGUUGGAUCAUCCUUCCAGGCAUCUAUUAA